UUUUCACGUGCUGAGAGCAUUCACUAGUAGAAAAGGUUUGUUUAACUUUCGCUUAAAUAAAAAAUAGGAAUAUUGCUCCACCCAGCAUAAAUAAUGCGUUGUAUCUGAGUUUAAAAUGAUUUACUGUACUGUGAUACUAGCAGACUGAAGAGCUAUAACUUAAAGCUGCUUGCUUUUGUUGUGUGAUCACUAAUCUUUAUCAACGCUACGAUCAUCCAACAAAGACGAGGAAACAUCUGAGCCAUGUCGGACAACAACACACGUGUAAAAAAGAAGCAAUGGAAGAGCAGAUGGAGAAAGAUGAGACAAGGGAACAUCCAAAAUUCCUUUAACCGCACAAACAAUGCACAUAACAGAGACAAUACUCAUAAUAUUCAUAAUACCAACACGCCACAUUGCAAUGAAACCAGUUUUACAGAGAAUCAUGGCACUACUGUCACAGUAAGGAUCCAUUCAGGAGUCAGCUCGGGUCAGUCCUCUUCCCAAACCUCUGCUCCUGUAAGAUCUCAGGUUACCACUAGCUCCAUUCCGCAGCAGCACUGCAAGCCAACUGCCUCAGCGCACCACCAGCCCUCCUCUUCUGCCGGUGUGGGACCUCCGAAGGGACAACAGGAGACACCUGUGGACUUUAAGAGGGUCCUCUCCGGGGCUGUUGCAGGUCCAUCCAAACAAAGCAGUGGUCAAAGGGUUGUCCAGUGCUUCUCUUCAGUAGCUGCUCCAUCUAAGUGUUUGGCCAUAGACUGUGAGAUGGUGGGUGCGGGUCCCAAAGGGCAGAUCAGUCAGCUCGCACGGUGCAGUAUCGUCUCAUACGAUGGAGACGUCGUGUACGAUAAGUUUAUCCGACCACCUCUACCCAUAACUGACUACCGCACGAGAUGGAGCGGCAUUAGGAGGAGUGACCUAUACGAGGCUAUGCCAUACGACCAGGCCAGGAAAGAGAUCCUGAAGCUGAUCACGGGGAAGGUGCUGAUUGGACACGCCAUUCACAACGACCUCAAAGUGCUAAACUACGUCCACCCCAAAGCUCAGAUCAGAGACACGUCCCGGAUCCCUCUGCUCAACGCCAAAGCUGGUUUUCCCGUGCAACAGCCCGCUUCACUCAAGAGGCUCACCAAGGCCAUCUUUAAUCGGGACAUCCAGACCGGGAAGAAGGGCCAUUCGUCGGUGGAGGAUGCCAAGGCCACGAUGGACCUCUACAAAGUGGUUGAAGUGGAGUGGGAGCACAAGUUGGCCACCACAACUCUGAAAAAUGGAACAGAAAAUAAAUGAAUUGUGAUAAUUAUGGUUCUUAAAUUACAGAUGCAAAAACUGCUUUUAUUUUUUUAACUCAUUGAUGGGUUACAUGGUUGGACUGUUGAGUCAGAGGCUCUUUCUCAGGUAGAACUCAAAACUAUGCUGCAAUCACAAGAUACCACAAGUACCUAGUGAUCAUAUUUUAAACAACUUUUAACAGCCAAAGAUUGUUUAUUCUACUGUAGUCAGAGUUGGGCAAUGUUUCCCAAAAUGAUAUGCACAUAAGGGUAUGUUACUUGAAGCGCCCAUAUUAGGCUAUCUUUUAAUCUGUUAUAAUGUUGUUUCCUCAUCACAAACAGACCUAGAGUUGUGUUUUAUGUCAUUCACACAUCCUGCAUAUUUAGGCAGAGUUUUAUCAACCAGAAAACAUCCACCUCCAUACACCUUCUCUAGAUUCAUUUGGUUGAUUUCAGCACUGGAAUUGCCAAUCUCUACUGAACUAAACGUAAAAAGGUAGCUGUUAACUUGAAAACAACUUUUUAAAACUUUUUUAUGAUGAGGUAACAACAUUCUAAGCUGAUUAAAAGCUCAUAGAGUCAGUUUUGUAAUAUAGGUGCUUUAAUAUAACUAUAGUACAAAUAUAAAGUAGUGGUUCAAGAUAUUACUCAAAAGGAAACUACUGCUCAAGUAAGAGUAACUGUAAGAGUAGCAGUCUGUAUGUUUCUGAAUUGAACUUAAUGUGAUUAGAUGGACAAAAUAUUAAAUUAAAUAAUGAGAUAAAACUAAAAUAAGGAAAAAAAAAAAAAAAACAGUGGUGCAAGAAACACCAAUGUUCAAAAUAUAUGAAGGAACUGUAUGUAGCCUGCACUCUACAGGAACUGCAACCAAAACCGAACCUGGGUCCAUUUAUUUGAUUUCAGCGUUUCAGCAUUGGACCUGGCAACCAAAAUGAAUCAUGUAAGGCGCAUUCUGCUUUCUGCUGUGGAACAUUCUAGACAAAGCAAUAAUAUUUCCAUGGAGUUAAGCAGGUGGCAGUGCACCUUUAAGAACUAAAGCACCUAAUUAUGACACAAACAACUUGGACAUCAUAUCCAACGUUUAUAUAAUGAAGUUGUUAUUAGUAAAAGCUAUAUUUGAUUUGAACACAUCUACCUCAUGUCUGGGGAUACUUGGGUAAUGUUUAUGCAAUUUAAAAUCAAAAUGUUACAUACAGUUCCUUUAAUAUUGACACGCGAAGCUUGUAAACAAAACUUUUACUGAAGUCCUGUUGCUCUGUAAAAUAUCUGAUAAUUAAGUAGGAUAAAAAAGUACAGCGUCUGAAAACUACUCACCCCUGAUUUGAGUUUCUUGUGAAUGUUAAAAUAUUUUAAAAGAUUGACUAUAAUGAUUUUAUAAAUGUUCUAUUGUUAAAAAAAAUACAUGCUUCUUCACUUCAUUUUCAUUUAAUUACACUGCUGUAGUUCUCUGCAGGGGAGUCAACAUAGGAGGAGCAAAGGAGUCUGUUGUCUCAGGUCUCAGAGUCUUAGGGAAUUGGAACCUCUGUCUAUUACCGUAUUUUUCGGACUAUAAGUUAACUUUUUUUCUCCAGUGCGACUCAUAUAUUAAAAUUUUCAGACUGACAGCCGCAAGAGGGCACUCUAGGCUUGUGUGUCUGUAUCUAGUACUACUAUUACUCCUGUACCACUGUCACUUCACACUCUACUGCGCAUGUCUCCUGUAGAAAAAGCCCGCUGUCCUGCUGCAUAUAAUGAAAUAUGCAGCUGAAAAUGGUAAUAAGCAGCAGAAAGAAAGUUUGCAGUGAGUGAGAAACUUGUGAGGGACUGGUGGAAAGCGGGGAUGGAGAACACAGCCUUACGAGAACCAGGCGGGUGCACCAUGCAACUUUCCUGAAAGUCACUGAAUGGAUCGACAAAGCCUGAACUUCAAUGACAACCAUAACAAUCCUGUCACUAUUCAUAAAGGACCAAAUAAUUCUAACUGGAACUGAUGCUGAGUCUAAUGACAGCUACGCAGAAGAGGAAGCGAAGCUCUGUUUACAUCAUGGAUCUAUGAUUUAUUCCCGGAGGUCGCUCAGAAGUGACACCGAGGAUGAAGAAUUCAAUGGAUUUAGUGAUUUGGAGUGAGAUGGAGAGUUUGGUAAACUUAAGAUCUGUUGUUUAUGCUAUUAGUAUCUGAAUAACUGUUAAUAUGUUACGUUAACAUAGUAAUGCCUAUUCAGCCUGUUGUUCUAUUGUUAUUACUAUAAUUUGCCUUUCAAGAUGAAAUGUCGGUUCCUGGUCUCUGAUUUUAUAAAAUACAU